UUGCUUUUCCCGAAGCCUAAGGGGUUCUCUGUGCAUCUUGCAUGUUCCUAGAGAACUCUCUUGCCUGGGUCUCAUUUGAACUGAGCUCUCGAUACCUGCAGCUUCAAACUUUAGGAGCUUACUUCCUCCCCCUCUCCCCCACCUUUGCUUGGCUGCCUAGAGGCUAGUGCUCCAUACAUUGGGGGCCCCAGAACCCUCUGGGGGGAGAGAGAAGUAAGCCCAGUUUCUCAGGGCAGCUUUCGCUGGCUUUGGCUCAACAGGCUUUUCAGUAAGCCCCAUUUGCCUUCUUCCCUCGGGCCUGUCUGCGCUUCUUCGGUGGGUGCCUCAGGCCAGGGUGACUGGGGUCUGCUUUUGUUUCUCAGCUAUCCCACCGCCAUUCUGCAAGGGUCUUUUAAAACCUUGGUUCCAGCUGCAGCAUUUGAGCCUGAGGCUAAGUGGAAAGGGGUCGGCCAUGCUCCCCACUACCUUUCUGCUGUGCGCCCUGGGGUUGUUGGCACUAUUGCACCUCUGCCCAGCAGAGCCUCUGGCAUGUCCCCCGCGCUGUGAUGUCUCCAAAUGCCCCAGUCCCAGCUGCCCCGGAGGCUAUGUGCCCGACCGCUGUAACUGCUGCCUGGUGUGCGCAGCGGCGGAGGGUGAUGCUUGCGGCCGAAAGGACGACCCCCCGUGUGGAGACAGCUUGGAGUGUGGCCACCCGGCCGGCAAGCGCUUCGCCAAGGGGGUCUGCCAGUGCAAACUGACCUACCAGGUGUGUGGCAGCGAUGGGCGGACCUACGACAAUGUGUGCCGGCUGAAGGCUGCCAGCCGCAAAGCCCUGCAACAAGGGCUGCCCGCUGUCAUUCAGAUCCAGAAGGGUGCCUGUGAAUCGGGUCACCAACAGUUCACCAGCCCAAGGUACAAGUUUAACUUCAUUGCAGAUGUCGUGGAAAAGAUUGCCCCUGCUGUGGUUCACAUUGAACUUUUUCUGAGGCAUCCUCUCUUUGGUCGAAACGUGCCCUUGUCCAGUGGAUCCGGAUUUAUCAUUUCAGAAUCAGGCUUGAUUGUGACCAAUGCCCACGUAGUGUCAAGCACCAAUGCCAUUUCUGGACGACAGCAGUUGAAGGUUCAGCUGCAGAGUGGAGACACCUAUGAGGCAACGAUCAAAGACAUUGACAAGAAAUCUGAUAUUGCCACAAUCAAGAUCAAUCCCAAGAAAAAACUACCUGUCUUAUUGCUGGGGCAUUCCACAGACCUGAGGCCCGGAGAAUUUGUGGUGGCCAUCGGGAGUCCUUUUGCCUUACAAAACACAGUCACAACAGGGAUUGUCAGCACAGCCCAGCGAGAUGGGAAGGAACUGGGUCUUAAGGAUUCUGACAUGGACUACAUUCAAACUGACGCCAUCAUCAAUUAUGGAAACUCAGGAGGACCACUAGUUAAUCUGGAUGGAGAAGUCAUUGGAAUAAACACAUUAAAAGUUGCAGCUGGAAUCUCCUUUGCUAUUCCUUCAGAUCGUAUCACACGAUUCCUCACCGAGUCUUAUGACAAGCAAAAUAAAGGUAAAGCCUAUGUGAAAAAGCGCUUCAUUGGCAUACGGAUGCGGACCAUUACACCAGUUUUGGUGGAAGAACUGAAAGAUAACAAUCCCGAUUUUCCUGAUGUCAGUAGUGGGAUUUAUGUGCAUGAGGUCGUCCCAAAUUCACCUUCUCAGAGAGGUGGAAUCAAAGAUGGUGACAUCAUUGUUAAAGUAAAUGGCCGGCCUUUGAAGAACUCCAGUGAGCUACAGGAAGCUGUGAUGAAGGAGUCACCCCUAUUACUUGAAGUUCGAAGAGGAAAUGAUGAUUUGCUCUUUAAUAUUGAGCCUGAAGUUGUCAUGUAGAGGAAGGAGUGGAGAUUCCCUACAUGUUAUUGCCAACUUCUUGGAUUCUGGAAUGUCGGAUACCUCUUCUUCAAACUAAUACCAUUUCCUGUUGACUAACAGCAAGGUGGCCUAAUAUGUGUGAGCCUGAGCCAUUUCUGUACAGGGACAACCCAUUCUAAUGUCACAGAAUUAAAACGAUGGACCAAAUUUUGCCUUUAAUGGAGACCCAAAUACUGCCUGUUGGAGUUGCUCCAAACAAUAACAACCAAAGGCAAAAUUGGAACCAAUGGUUCUGAAUUUUAGUGAUAGAAUAUUUUAAAAUUAUUUGUAGUGUUAGAAAAAAAGUAGAGAGUCACGAUAUUUUCCUUGUACAGAAGCUUUUGAGUGUCAUUCAAGAAAAAUAACAGAGUCUCCAGGAACCCCAUUGUUGGUGAGGAGACCAUAUUCAAAAGGGGGGUGUCCUAUCAGAUUGGUUAAGAGCCAAAUUUCUAUGCUGUAGCAUGAAGCAUUUCUGAUGGAAAGCUGUGCUUUUCAUGGCCUCUUAAAUGUGAAAUCAUACUUGGACACGGUUUCUCCACUUUGAGUUUAAUAAGGGACUGGAGUGGAGAGAUUUGUGGCAGAAUCAUAGACUUGUAGAGCUGAUAGGGACCUUGGAUAUGAUCUAGUACAAAGUCCUCUUUCCAAAAAUGAGGAAGCCAAGGCCCACAGAAGGGAGGGAUGACUUGGCCAAGGUCUCACUGUUAGUGGCAAAAUGAGGACCAGAACCUAGGCCACCCGGUUCCUAAUCCAAUCCUUUUGCCACCAAUGCAUUAUUGUCCUUCUUGUGACCCUUAGGAGGAACAAAUGUGAUAAUUGGUUGUAGCAGCUGACACCUUGGCCAUGCAGUGCUAGAAGAAAGUAAAUGAUUCUUAUAGAAUUAAUGCCAUAUAUAUGAAAAAAGAUGCAGAUGAUGUGAAAAAAUAACAUGCCAUUUUUUUUCACAUUUUGGUCAUAGAUUAGUUUUACAUUAUAUUGGCAGGCUUUACUGUAAAAUGAAUACUCAGUGUAGCUUGUACUGUAUGUUUCUACUGUAAGA